AUGAUCCGCGGGGCCUCCCACGAGCACAGCGCCCAGAAGCAGCUCAAGCUCCGGCACGCGGUGCAGAAGCGGCAGGCGGCCGGGAUCUUCGCACAGCUUUUGCUCCUAGGGGCUGGCGAGUCUGGGAAAAGCACGAUCGUCAAACAGAUGAGGAUCCUCCACGUCAACGGAUUCAAUCCUGAGGAGAAGAAACAGAAAAUUCUGGACAUCCGAAAAAAUGUCAAAGAUGCUAUCGUGACGAUCGUCUCAGCAAUGAGCACUAUCAUCCCUCCAGUCCCACUGGCCAACCCCGAAAACCAGUUCCGGUCCGAUUACAUCAAGAGCAUAGCCCCCAUCACGGACUUUGACUAUUCCCAGGAGUUCUUUGACCACGUGAAGAAGCUGUGGGACGACGAGGGGGUGAAGGCGUGCUUUGAGAGGUCCAACGAGUACCAGCUCAUCGACUGCGCGCAGUACUUUCUGGAGAGAAUCGACAGCGUGAGCCUGGUGGACUACACGCCCACGGACCAGGACCUGCUGCGGUGCAGGGUGCUGACCUCGGGGAUCUUCGAGACGCGGUUCCAGGUGGACAAAGUGAACUUCCACAUGUUCGACGUGGGUGGCCAGCGCGACGAGCGGAGGAAGUGGAUCCAGUGCUNCAAAGAUGUCACCGCCAUCAUCUACGUCGCGGCCUGCAGCAGCUAUAACAUGGUCAUCCGGGAGGACAACAACACCAACAGACUGAGAGAGUCCCUGGACCUUUUCGAGAGCAUCUGGAACAACAGGUGGCUGCGGACCAUCUCCAUCAUCUUGUUCCUGAACAAACAGGACAUGCUGGCCGAGAAAGUCUUGGCAGGGAAAUCGAAGAUCGAAGACUAUUUCCCCGAGUAUGCAAAUUACACCGUUCCUGAAGACGCAACACCAGAUGCAGGAGAGGAUCCCAAGGUUACGAGAGCCAAAUUCUUUAUCCGGGACCUGUUUUUGAGGAUCAGCACGGCCACUGGUGACGGCAAGCACUACUGCUACCCCCACUUCACCUGCGCCGUGGACACAGAGAACAUCCGCCGCGUCUUCAACGACUGUCGCGACAUCAUCCAGCGCAUGCACCUCAAGCAGUACGAGCUCUUGUGAGGGCAGCGCCGCCCCACCCACCGAACCCAGUCCCCGAGGUGGGCGUCCGCGGGACUGAGAUCCGUCUGCCCCAGUCGUGGUAGGACGUAGUGUCUAGUGUCACUGGCUGCCGUCUGUCCUGUCCCCAGUGCAACCGUGUGUGACCACCAAGCCUCCGGCUACCUCUGUCCCCCAGGUUUGGUUCUGUAGCUUUGUUUCCACUCAACACAGCCGUCCCCGCUCUUCCACCCAGUCCCUGCCACUGCAGAGCAAAGCUCUGGGGUGGCUCCGUGGCAGGAUCUCGCCCUCGGGAUCCCUGACUUGCUGGUUUGUGACUGAUUCAUCUUGGAGAACUCAGUGGCUAGGGGAAACACGUGGCCCUUCUGGUUUCCCAUCACAAAGCCACAGGCUGACCAGUGACUGCCCCCAUCACCACUGGCCAGGGCGCAGUGACGGGUGGAAAGCGCCCUCCUCUGGGGGCCUCCGAGUUGGGCAGAAAGCCACCACGUUCUCCUGGAAAACGUGUCCUGUCUAAAACAACCCUAUGCCUUCCCGAUGCUUGGAUGCGGUCUCCUCCCAUAUUCUUUUUGUUGUUGGUUUAUCACUGGUUCAUUAUACUGUACAGACCACAAAAUUUUGUAUCACUACUGAACAAAAAUCCUCGUUGAUUUUUGUGCCUUGAUGGUAGCUAUACCUGUGAAAGAAAUCUGUUGUAGUGCUGAGAGCUUCGUGCUGACGCGACCUGCUGCUUGCUCCCAAAAGGGGAACAAACAGCAUUCCUAGGUGGUGGGACAUUUUUAUCCGGCUGAUACUUUAUAAAAUACUUCUUGAUUUUUUUAAAAAAUAUACGUAACUGACAUGUGUUAACCAUCACCACAUGGUCGCAGCCCCUGCUCUGUCCUCCAAGCCUCCCUGCAGAAUCCCAAGCUCCGACCCCGGGGGCCAGGGGCCUUCUCCGCAGGCUCCACUGCCCUGGGUCACUGUGCGGGUUCCAGCCCCAUCUGCUCCCGGGCAGGCACAGGCCAGCGGCCGCUCCAUCGGAGCUGCACACAGACUCCACCAUCCGCACGAGUGCUCCGCGGGAGCGCAGGGCUGUCGCCCUUCGCGAUGCCCAGGAGGGGAAAGGGCCUCUCCACUGUCUUCUCAAGAUGAAACCUUACGAAACCUUCCUGGCUGUGCUGAGGUGCUGGGGUGGAACCCAGAGCCUCAUGCAUGCCAGGCAAGUGCUCCACCCUGAGCAGCGUCCCCAGACCCACAAAACCCUAUCUGAAAUACAAAGAGAAACCCGGCUAUUUCUCACUCCUGCAAGAUUCACAGAUGCAGCCUCAAGAAUCCCAGAGACCUAGGCCAGCUGCGUGGUCCUGGGCAGACGGCGCCUGCUUGGCCUGAGCCAUCUGUGAAACCAGCACGUCCUAGUCCUCUCCGAGCUCGCCCAGAUUUACAUGUCACUUCUCCAGGCAGGCCAGCCACGCUGACCCCGUCCCGUCCCUGGGCCGCAGCCUCCCACCAUGGCACUGGACUCCUCUUAGUUGGCCUGGGACAGGGAAUGGAAGUGACUCCCACUUCUGGCUCUUUCAAAGCAGAACUGGAAGAAAA